CUAGUUACCACCAUUAUAAAAGCCAUCCUUGUGCAGCUCCGUCUUCAAUUCAGCAAUUCUCCAUUCCGACCGUGUUGCGUUCCUUUUGAGUGCUACAUUUUGGCCAUCGACGAGGCUAAGCUUUGUUUAUCAUACCUAAACCGUUGCUUGUAACCAUCAUUCUGUGUUCUGAGAAUGGAAGACGGACGCUACGUCGAGGGUAGUGUGUGGUUCUAUGCUCCCAACAGUGGAGCUCCUGUCUUUUUCGCAGCGGCCUUCCUUAUAUCUGGGGCAGUACAUACAUGGCAGACCAUACAAUACAAAUGUUGGCGCCUGACCGGACUCUAUGUCUGGAUACCCAUCCUGUUCGUGGCAGGCUUUGUUACCCGGGAGCUGGGUGCAUUCGAUAACGGUAACCUUGUCAAAUAUAUUGUGAGCAUAUGCCUGGUAUACGCCGCACCACCUCUCUAUGAGUUGGCUAACUAUUACGUCCUCGGGCGUGUCAUGUACUACGUGCCAUACUACGCGCCGAUACACCCUGGACGUGUAUUGACCACCUUUGCCGCUAUAUCGAUUGUCAUUGAAGCCUUGAACGGUAACGGAGCAGCUUUCAUUGCUAAUCAGUCACUUUCCGGGGAAAGGCGGAACACUGGCAAAGCACUUCUCAAGGCUGCGUUAUUGUUGCAAAUCGUUGUGAUUGCUUUAUUUGCAUUUCUCGCUUUGUUUUUCCAACUCAAGUGCCGACGCAACGGUAUCGAUUCGCCCAAGGUUAACAGCACCCUGAAUACCUUAUAUAUCAGCACAGGUAUCAUGGCCAUUCGAACUAUCUACCGAAUUGUUGAAUAUUUCGAUUUGACCGGUACUGAUUUCUGGGACCCGAGGUUUGACCCCAUGGGAAUGAGUCCCAUCGUCCGAUACGAGUGGUUCUUUUACGUCUUUGAAGCCAGCUUGAUGCUUCUGAACUCGGUUUUAUGGAACGUACGCCACCCACGGCGCUGGUUACCAAAAAGCACGACGGUGUAUCUGGCCGCGGAUGGUAUCGUAGAGAUCAUGGGUCCUGGUUAUGAGCAGGAGCGCAAUUUCAUUGCCACACUCCUUGACCCUUUCGAUAUCUACGGCGUGGUUACAGGCAAGGGUAAAAAAAUAAGAUUCUGGAAUAACGACGGUGUUGGUACGUUGCAGGCAAAUAUAACUAAGGCAACAGCCCGAGAUAAUGAUCUGGUGUGAAGGACGACGAUAAACAGCUAAGCCCAAAGGGCGGGAAUACAAUAGGCGCUGCUGGUAGAUCCGCCCUUGGUUGGAAACCCAAAUGUUCGACGCCGGCCAAGACUGAAAGAGCUGUAAU